AAGAUCAUAGACUUUUACAGAUCGACGCAAAUAUUUCAAAGGAAAAUGCAAUUUAGCAAAACCAGGAAACGGAGAGGCAAAAUUUCAGCGUUAGAAGGCACCGAAAAUGGUCGGAAGUAUCCGUACAGUCUGCAGUUGUAUAAGAUUCCACCAACAGACAACAUAACACUGGAGGACUUUGAGGAGUUUGCGAUUGACCGAUUGAAAGUUCUCAGAGAAGUUGAAACAUUGGGCAUACGUCACAAAAGAGGUUCUCAACAAUAUAAUACUGCCAUGAAGGAAAGCCUUAAAAAGUUCCUACCCCAGGAACAAAAAGCUCACAAGAAUCGAGAGGCUGAGGCAACUGUGGCUGAGCGGAGGAAAGAUCACAUUUCUCAUUUUAUUCUGCGCCUUGCAUAUUGCAGAUCGGAAGAUCUUAGACGGUGGUUCUUAUCACAAGAGGUUGAGCUAUUUAGAUCUCGUUUCAUGGAAAUGGCAAAGUUUGAUCCAAAGGAAGCAGAUGAUUUCCUGCAGGCUAAUGGACUCAAGUACCAAACUAUAGGUGAAGAAGAGAAAACACAAAAGAAAUUAGAGUUGAUGCAUUCAGGUUUCCGUCUCACCAGUGACAAAGUCUUGGCCACUGACUACUUUAAGGUGAACGAAUUAAGAAUCAUAUUAGCAAACAAUGAUAUCGAUAUUGUUUCCAUAAAUGAAACGAAACUGAACGAGAGUAUUCGAGAUCAAGAAGUUCAUAUUCCGGGAUACGAAAUAGUUCGCCGCGAUAGACUAACAAAAUGCGGCGGAGGGUCCUAUCAUUUGUGUGACCAGGUUAUGGCCAAUUCAGCAAUCAACCAUCCAAACCAAUACUUUGAUGAGAGCCGUCAAGUCACUCAGAAGGAACAGGGUGGGGCAUCCAAAAUGGGAAGUGCCACACCCAGUGGAAUACAACAUGGGAGGGUUGCUGUCAAGAGAGAGAUCAACUCUGGUAACAAAGUAAAUAUUCCGAGCAAUGGCCUAAGUGAUAUUUACAUGAAUGAUGAUGAUGAGGAUGACCUUCUGGGAGAAAUAGAAAGAAUGGAUACCAUAGCAUAACUGAUGGAUAAAUCACUACUGCAAUAAGCUUUACAACUCUGCGGUGUAGAUAUAAUUGUAAUUUAAUGAACACUGUGAUCAAUGAUCAAUGUGUCAGAUUAAGUAAUAAAAAAACAAAUGCUACAGGCUUACACUGGUGUUUAAUUGAAUUAUUUCAUUUUACCUUUAUUUUUCUUACCAUGAAUAUUGCAUAUUACAAAUAUGAAUAUUGAAUAGUACAAAAGUUUUUCCUCACUAACAAGUACAUAAUGUCAUUUCAAAUCUUUUCUUAAUUUAGUUAACCUCGGCAAAUGGAGUGCUUAUUAAAUGUUCUUACUUAAUUGAGAGAGCAUCAAUUAAACUUACAUGUAUACACCCA